AUGGCACAGGUAGAGAAAAGAGGGGGUUUGCUUCGGAAAUCUUCAGCCUCCAAAAAGCCACUGAAGGAAAAAGUGGUGCUGAUGUACGAUGAGAUCUUCAUGACAGAGGACCCCAGUAAGUGCAGCCCUCGAUUUUGGGAGGAGCUCUUCCUCAUGAAGGUGAAUUUAGAUUACCUAGAAGGCAAACUGGAAUCUCUUGAUGGCGAGGAGUUAAUGAAGAUCAAGGACAACAUUAAUUGCUUAUUUCAACACUGCAUCCAGGCUCUAGGAGAGGAACAUCCAAUUCGAGUUGUCAAUGCACUGCAGACCUUGUGUGCACUCAUUCGAGGCGUACAUCAAAAGAAUAAGUCUACCUCUGGGUUUGACAUUAUCAACAUGCUGAUGGGCUUCGAUAAGGCGGAGCUGUGCAUGAAGAACUUGAUGGAGAGUUUGGAUUCAUUGCUUUGUGCAGAAGGUUCUGAAAGUCUGAAGAGUUUAUGUCUGAAACUUCUUCUUUGCCUCGUGACUGUGACAGAUAACAUCAGCCAGAACACUAUCCUGGAGUAUGUAAUGAUCAACAGCAUAUUUGAAGCAAUUUUACAGAUACUCUCCCAUCCCCCAAGUCGUAGGGAGCAUGGUUAUGAUGCUGUAGUCCUCUUGGCUUUGCUGGUGAACUACAGAAAAUAUGAGUCUGUGAAUCCUUAUAUUGUGAAGCUGUCUAUUGUGGAUGACGAGGCCACGCUCAAUGGAAUGGGGCUUGUGAUUGCUCAGGCUUUAUCUGAGUACAACAGGCAGUAUAAAGACAAGGAAGAAGAACACCAGAGCGGUUUUUUCUCUGCUUUAACAAAUAUGGUGGGCAACAUGUUCAUAGCAGAUGCCCAUGAGAAAAUCUCAGUACAAACCAAUGAGGCCAUCCUCCUGGCACUUUAUGAAGCUGUUCAUUUAAAUCGCAACUUCAUCACAGUGUUAGCUCAGAGUCAUCCAGAGAUAGGCUUGGUGACCACCCCUGUCAGUCCCGCUCCAACAACCCCAGCCACACCACUUGGUACCACACCGCCCUCCUCUGAUGUUAUAAGUUCUGUGGAACUCCCACUGGAUGCAGAUGUACAGACCAGUAAUCUACUGAUAACCUUCUUAAAAUAUAGCUCGAUCGUCAUGCAGGACACCAAAGAUGAGCACCGGCUUCAUAGUGGCAAACUCUGCCUGAUUAUCCUCACAUGUAUUGCGGAGGAUCAGUAUGCCAAUGCAUUUUUGCAUGAUGACAACAUGAAUUUUCGAGUAAACUUACAUAAAAUGCCUAUGCGGCACAGGAAGAAGGCAGCGGACAAGAACCUUCCCUGCCGUCCGUUAGUAUGUGCAGUCCUGGACCUGAUGGUAGAGUUUAUUGUAACACACAUGAUGAAGGAGUUUCCUAUGGAUCUCUAUGUACGCUGCAUUCAGGUAGUACAUAAGCUGCUUUGUUACCAGAAGAAGUGUAGAGUGCGCCUGCAUUACACCUGGCGGGAACUCUGGUCAGCCUUGAUAAAUUUGCUGAAGUUCCUUAUGUCAAAUGAGACUGUUCUUUUGGCCAAACACAACAUUUUUACAUUAGCCCUUAUGAUUGUGAACCUAUUUAAUAUGUUUAUCACAUAUGGUGACACAUUCCUGCCCACCCCAAGCAGCUAUGAUGAACUCUACUAUGAGAUUAUCCGUAUGCACCAGAGCUUUGACAACCUAUACUCCAUGGUCCUGAGGCUUUCUACCAAUGCAGGCCAGUGGAAAGAAGCUGCUAGCAAGGUGACCCAUGCAUUGGUUAAUAUCAGAGCCAUCAUCAACCACUUUAACCCCAAAAUUGAAUCCUAUGCUGCUGUGAAUCAUAUAUCCCAACUGUCUGAGGAGCAGGUGCUGGAGGUAGUACGAGCCAACUAUGACACACUCACACUGAAGCUGCAGGAUGGCCUGGACCAGUAUGAGCGCUAUUCGGAGCAGCACAAGGAAGCUGCCUUCUUCAAAGAGCUGGUUCGAUCCAUUAGCACCAACGUCCGGAGAAACCUGGCCUUCCACACACUCAGCCAGGAAGUCCUGCUCAAGGAGUUCUCCACUAUCUCCUGA